CUUUUGACCAAGGGCUUCUGUAACCUAAUUCUAAGCUAGCCUUUCAGGAAAACUCGUACAUGCAUUUAUACCCCUGGAGAACCUCCCCUGAUGCCAACUGACCUGUCCCAAUCAAUCCUAUUAUCUGCAUUUAAUGAAGCAAGAUUAGUUUAUUUUGAUGGAACAUCAACUGAAACUGCACUAUUUGUCGCACAUGAGGCAGCCCGGAAUAACAUACCUAUAUUAGUUGGGGCGGAAUCAGUGAGGGGAGGAUUGGAUGAGCUCCUGGGUCUUGCUGAUUAUGCUGUAUGCUCUGCAAGGUUUCCACAGGCAUGGACCCAAGCACCAUCCAUUCCAAGUGCACUGGUUUCUAUGCUUUUAAGAUUGCCAAAUAUCAAAUUUGUGAUUGUGACUCUGGGUGAAGAUGGAUGUAUAAUGCUGGAAAGAAGCAUUACGGAGGGCACUGACAUAGAAGAAAGGGAUGUGGACAAUGUAAUAGAAUCCCUAUAUAAAGAGAGAGAUGAUGAUCUGAUUAUCCCAACUUGUAUAUCAUCGACCGUGACAAAAUUAAAAGCAGAUGGAAUAGGGACCGUGUGUGGACGUUUAUUUGUUGGAACAGCAGAGAAGAUACCGGCUUGUGAAUUGACUGAUACAACUGGUGCUGGGGAUGCGUUUAGUGGAGCUGUACUUUAUGCUAUCUGCGCAAACAUGUUACCUGAGAAAAUGUUGCCAUUCGCCUCUCAAGUGGCAGCUGCCAAUUGUAGAGCUUUGGGUGCUCGAUCCGGUCUUCCUCACCGCACGGAUCCUCGUUUGGCAUCAUUUUUAGGCUAGAGAUUUCUGGGCACUCUUCUUGUUCGUGUGCUGAAGGAAUGGCUUUUGUAUUUCUUCGAGGGAUGUGUUAUAUUUAAUAAAAUUAUGGUAUCAAUGAAGCACUUGUGUAGGUCAGUGUUGAAUUAUGAUUUCAAUAAAGCACUACUGGACAUUAAGUUUUC